AAUCCGCUUAAAUAACCCAAUCGAAUGUGUCAAGCCGAAAAUCUCGAAUCGAAAUCGUCAAAUAUCCCAAUAACGGUGCCAAAGAAAUCAUUCUACCUUGGGUAAUAGUCAUCUUGGAGACAGAAGAAGAACAUGAUCUUGGAUAUGCUUGAUCGCACACCUCAUAAGUAUGAUGCAUUCAUGAAUGUCCUUCCAAUCCCAAGUUCAUUUCUACACCAAGCCUCAUCAUGAUCAAAUGGAUGCUAAUACGAUUACUGUUUGUGGGAACAGCUCUGGCGAACACAUCUGCUGAGGGCCACAGGCAGCCUCGUUUCUUAUUCAGGACAACCAUCACAACCACGUCCACUUCCAUCGUGUCCACGUCCACCGCCUGCUACACGACCACCGCCUCGUUAUCCACGCUCUGCGCCCGACGGAAAAAGCGGGCUUUUCGAAUCAGUCAAGAACCUUUGGAACACAUUGCUAAUGUCCGGAUGAUUGAACCUAGUGCCACCAUUGCGAUCCCGGCUUCAAGCGCCGCAGGUUCGGGCGAGUUGGUUUCGUCCAAAAGCUCCGAUCGCGAUGCCAGAUUCCUUCAGUUCUAUUAUACCACGUCUACCAUCACGUCAACUGUGACCAGCACCACCGUGACCAGCACCACAUCAUUCACUUUAUUGAAUUGUUUGCCCAGUAGCUUUGUGUACUCACCUUGUUGAUACGCCCAAAGUCUUUUGUUAUGAAUGACCCCUGUUUGUGAAGCCAUGAUGACUUGAGAGCCCUUUGCUAUGUGCCAAUAAAACUUGUCAAACAAGCAAA